ACCUGACCCAGAGCCGCCCGGGGCUCCGGGGUGUGGACCGGGACAGCCGCCCCGGGCAGUAGCAGAACUUGGCGGGAAGCCUCCCCAGCCCCCUGGAGCGGGGCCAGCCCCGCGCUGGUCAGGACCGCGUCCGUGUUUGACGGGGGUCACGGGAUGGCUUCCUCGUGCAUGUGGCCUGCCCUUCACAGACGUGGGGACUGAAGCAGGAGCAGGGCAGGCGACGAGGAGUCGCUCAUCUGAGAGCGGGAGAAGCCAGGGGGCCAGACUCCCAACUUUUGGACAGAAUCUUGUGGGUGAGGGCCAGGGCCUGACCUCUGCCAUCAGCCGCGCAUUGCCCUUACCGUGGACCGAUAACCCCCGCCUACCUGUGCUUGGGAAGAUAGGGAAAGGCCAGUAAGUUGAAUGCAAAGUCGACUGGGUUCAGGCCGCUCAACGGGAUAAUGUUUUUGUUAUGGUUGGAUUUUGCAAAACUGGAAUCCUGUCAAGAUGAUCAUCUCUUGACUUUGUAGUUUACUCUAUAAAGCUAAGGGACCACUUCAGUUUCUUCCUAUGACAAUCCCACGAUCUAGGUAUCGUCUGAUUUUUUAGCUGAAUGGGCAGGGUCUAUUUCUGCCUGUUCAUUACUGUGGUUCCCUCCUCCCCACUCUGAGACAGGCAAACAUUUUUGAGUGAAUGAAUCAAGUUUUAAAGAUGAGGAGUCUUGAGAGUUGGGGAGUCUAACAUGGCUAAGGUCACUGUAAUGACAGAACUGAGACUCAACCACCUACCUUCUGACACAGAAGCAAGGCUCUUGCUAAAAUUUGUCAUAAUCAUAGAGGGUUAAAACUGAGGAAAGGGCCCUCUGAGACCAUCCAGCCCAUCCCCUGCACUUCACAGUGAAGGUGUGCCCUGGGAGCUUCACAAAAACACACCUCCUAGGCUUCAUUCCUAUAAACUAGAUCCAGUGACUUGAUUAGAUGCAGGAUGAUGAUGAAGAUGAUGGUCACUAUCACGGCAAGAACAUCUCAAAGAUUCAAAGAAAAUAAUGGAGAAGAAGUGACUCAGUAGCCAUUGAUAAUUGUUGAGGCUGGCAGAUGCGCAUCUCCGGGAGACAGUGAGCAGUGCUGUGCACCUUUCACUGCAGCCCCAUGCCUGCCGGCCCCAUCCUGUGCAGACCAACUAGAAGCUGAAAGCAUCACCUCACCUCGCCCACCAGGCCUGUCAGGCUCAUGGUCUCCAGGGACACAGCUUCUACGUGCUUCUUCAACAUGAAGGUCCCUCACAACCUCGUCCUCUGCUUGGAAAGGAGGCACCCCAGAGCUGAAGGGCAGAGGCGCUCCUAGAUGAAGGCUGAGUGCCGCUCCCCAGGCCUCGCGGCCGGAAUUGCGGGACCUGGACCAGCCCCUUGGUCUGUGGGUGCAGGAGGCGGGCGCCGCGCUUCUCAUUCAUUGUCUUGACAAGAGCAUCCUCGGCGUCCGUCCUGGGCUCCUGUAGCUGCUUCCUCCUGCUCCUCCUCCUGCCCGCCCUCCUCCAUUUGGGGGUGUCCUUCAUCUCGGCAGCAGGAUGAGCCGGCAGGUGGUCCGCUCCAGCAAGUUCCGCCAUGUGUUUGGACAGCCGGCCAAGGCCGACCAGUGCUAUGAGGACGUGCGUGUCUCACAGACCACCUGGGACAGUGGUUUCUGUGCUGUCAACCCGAAGUUUGUGGCCCUAAUCUGUGAGGCCAGCGGGGGAGGGGCCUUCCUGGUGCUGCCCCUGUGCAAGACUGGGCGUGUGGACAAGAAUGUGCCCAUGGUCUGCGGCCACACAGCCCCGGUGCUGGACAUUGCCUGGUGCCCACACAAUGAUAACGUCAUUGCCAGUGGUUCUGAGGAUUGCACAGUCAUGGUGUGGGAGAUCCCUGACGGGGGCCUCACAUUGCCCCUGCGGGAGCCCGUCGUCACUCUGGAGGGCCACACCAAGCGUGUGGGCAUCGUGGCCUGGCACCCCACCGCUCAGAAUGUGCUGCUCAGUGCAGGUUGUGACAACGUGAUCCUGGUGUGGGACGUCGGUACUGGGGCGGCCGUGCUGACGCUGGGCGCAGAUGUGCACCCGGACACAAUCUACAGCGUGGACUGGAGCCGAGACGGAGGCCUCAUCUGUACCUCCUGCCGCGAUAAGCGCGUGCGCAUCAUCGAGCCGCGCAAAGGCACUAUUGUAGCUGAGAAGGACCGGCCCCAUGAGGGUACUCGGCCGGUGCGCGCUGUGUUUGUGUCAGAUGGAAAGAUCCUGACCACCGGCUUCAGUCGCAUGAGUGAGCGGCAGGUGGCGCUGUGGGACACGAAGCACCUGGAAGAGCCGCUGUCCCUGCAGGAGCUGGACACGAGCAGCGGCGUCCUGCUGCCCUUCUUUGACCCGGACACCAACAUUGUCUACCUCUGUGGCAAGGGUGACAGCUCUAUCCGUUACUUUGAGAUCACUUCCGAGGCCCCCUUCCUGCACUAUCUCUCCAUGUUCAGUUCCAAGGAGUCCCAGCGUGGCAUGGGCUACAUGCCCAAACGCGGCCUGGAGGUGAACAAGUGUGAGAUUGCCAGAUUCUACAAGCUGCAUGAGCGGAGAUGUGAACCCAUUGCCAUGACAGUGCCUAGGAAGUCGGACCUGUUCCAGGAAGACCUUUACCCACCCACUGCAGGGCCUGACGCUGCCCUCACUGCUGAGGAGUGGCUGGGGGGUCGGGAUGCAGGACCCCUCCUCAUUUCCCUCAAGGAUGGCUACGUACCCCCCAAAAGCCGGGAGCUGAGAGUGAACCGGGGUCUGGACACAGGGCGCAGGAAGACAGCGCCAGAGGCCAGUGGCACUCUAAGCUCGGAUGCUGUAUCCCGGCUGGAGGAAGAGAUAAGGAAGCUCCAGGCCACAGUGCAGGAGCUGCAGAAACGACUGGAGAGACUGGAGGAGACGGUCCAGGCCAAGUAAAGGCCCCAGGGCCUUCAGCUGGAACCAACAGCAUCCCUCCCCCGACUCCCACUUUACUCUUCAGACUGCCAUUACUCAUAAAGAAAUAAUAAUAAUAAAAUGGCUUUAUUUUCUGGUACC